CCUUCGUUGAUAAAUGGCAUUGCUGUGCUAAGCUGCCAAUGGGGUUAUUUCCCUCCAGACAACGUCAACAAGGACGAGUCCACGUUUUCAAGAUGCUGCAGCUUUUGAACCAAGUAGAGCACGUCAGCCGUGAGGACUUUCAAACCUCAGACUCCUGCCAUUCAGAAAUACUUUGUUGUUGUCGUCUGGACAGCGUGUGGGACUCCUCCCCUGUGGCUGUAACGCUGUAUAAAUGCUGCAUCAGCCCUGGCAGUCGCGCUGUUUGAGAACUUAGUGGCACCAAAAACAUGAAGGGAUUGAGCUUGGUUUGCCUUGUGCUUCUGCUGAUGCUCUCAGCCGCGGAGGUAUUUACAGCCAAUGAUGCGGAUGUGCAAUACUGGACAUGCGGGUAUCGGGGACUCUGCAGACGGUUCUGCUAUGCCCAAGAGUACAUUGUUGGUCACCAUGGUUGCCCACGCAGAUACAGGUGCUGUGCUGUGCGGUUUUAGCAUUUGCCAGUCGUGUAAUGAUGCUCUUAAGGGUGUCUAAGGAAGAGGGCCGGUCGGACUCUCUGACUCCGAACUGAGUGGAAGAGGCACCUCAUUGGAGAAGAGUAAGCUUGGAGCAUGGGACCUUAGCUUUCCUAAGCCGGCCCUCUGGAACUUUGAAAUGCGGUGGAAUCUGGAACCGAGUGUUAAGACUUAGACUUCAUCUAUUUACUUGAUAGUCCAGCAUUAGAAAUCUAACUUGUGUUCCACUGAAACCAUGUUGUUCUCACAGCCAUAGGUGUCACUGUGUGUGUGGUUGAACUAAUUUCUCACAUUUGUUAAGUUUCGUUAACCACGGCACUGUCAAGAUGUUGAUUUUGCGCUCUGUAGCAAAUUUGC